UCCCCAAAAGUUCCCAGGAAAUCCCAAAAUUCUGUUUUUCCCCUCCCCCAGCACGAGCUGUACAUCCGCGCCUUCCAGAAACUGAGCGACUUCCCGCCGAUCCAGGUGCGCAGUGACGAGUCCCAGUACUGCGCGCUGCUGCGGCAGCUGCUGGAGGAUCACAAGGACGUGGUGACGCUGCUGGCGGAGGGGCUGAGGGAGUGCCGGAGGCACAUCCAGGACGAGCGGCUGCUGCGGCCGUUCCUGGACAAGACUCUGACCUCGCGCCUGGGCAUGAGGAUGCUGGCGGCGCAUCACCUGGCGCUGCACGAGGACAAGCCGGAUUUCGUCGGCAUCAUCUGCACCCGCCUGAGCCCCAAAAAACUCAUCGAGAAGUGGGUGGAUUUCGCCAGGCGGCUGUGCGAGCACCAGUACGGGAACGCGCCCCGCGUGCGCAUCAACGGGCACGUGGCCGCGCGCUUCCCCUUCAUCCCCCUGCCCCUGGACUACGUCCUGCCCGAGCUGCUCAAGAACGCCAUGAGGGCCACCAUGGAGUCUCACCUGGACACGCCCUACAACGUGCCCGACAUCGUGGUGACCAUCGCCAACAACGACAUCGACCUCGUCAUCCGGUGCGGGGCGGGGGACGCCGGUGCCACCCCCGUGUCACCAAAAUGUCACCCCAAAGUCGCCCCCGUGUCACCAAAAUGUCACCCCAAAGUCGCCCCAGGGUCACCAAAAUGUCACCCCAGUGUCACCAAGGUGUUGCGCAAACGUCGCCCAGAAGUUUUUUUGGCGUCGCCAAAAGCGUCACCGAAGGGAUCCUGAAAUGUUCCCACGACGUGUCCCCGGUGUCCCCAGUGUC